AUGCACAAUGAAAACUCAGCUCCGAUAGCCCUUCAGCGGUGCGGAGGCCUGAUCUUAGUCUCCGACACGCCGAAAGGUCGGGGCGUUUUCGCCAGCAAAGACAUUCCUGCGAGGACAGUGAUAGACACAUGCCCUGUCCUCGUUCUUGGAAUUGAGGAGAAUGACACAUACGUAAAGCACACCGUGCUGUAUCACUACACAUACAACUGGCCGUCCAAGGACUCUGACGGCAAGCUCACGAACACACAAGCCGUGAUACUUGGUCUAGGCUCCAUGUUCAAUCAUGCAUUGGACCAGAACGUCGGGUGGGAAAGAGACGUGGCUCGAUCGCUUGUGACUUACACGGCGCUCAGAGAUAUCAAGGCAGGAGAAGAGUUGUGUAUAUCGUACGGCCAGCGGCUUACGUUCAAGGAUGCCGACGCGCCAGAACCUGUGACAGAGGAUCCUUCGGCCGUACUGAGUAGUAUACAGCUAGAAUCCGAAUGA